AUGGUUCAUCUUGGUUUCUAUGCGCUUGUGGCUACUGCGGCUGCAUGUUUGGUGGAUGGACAUGCCAUCUUGGUAGAUCCAAAGCCUAGAGCUGGACAAGGACUUGCCCCCGGUCCAAAAUUUGGAAACUUUCCGCCUACAGCUGAGCAACUCGCUGGAUGUGCGAAUUCGACUGCUGGCCCGAUUUCAAAGACGUUAACGGCUGGUCAGAACAUUGAUGUUAAAUGGGCCGUGACGAUUCCGCAUGUUUCUGCUCCGGGUGUCCGGUUGGCGAUUCAGUGGGCUCCUGGACAGGCGUUCCAGGUUUUGGCGAAUGGGCUUGAUGUUUCAAAGAAUGGUUCGAGUGUUGCCCUUCCUGCCGGCAAAACGUCCAACGCCGCCGUUCUGCAAUGGAUGUGGGCCUCACAAGAAGACGGAGGAUUCUACCUCGAAUGCUCAGAUGUAGCCGUCAAAGCCCUCCAAGACGGUCCCGGGGCGCCUGGUCCUGGGGCGCCUGGUCCUGGGGCGCCUGGUCCAGGGAAAACUGCAGUCCCUCCUCCACCGACUCGAGCCCCCCUUCCACCGCCCGCUACGCCCGGACCGCCCGGACCGCCCGGACCGCUUCCGACACAGGGGGGUCCCAUUCCGUUGCCUCCUCCUCAGGCGCCGAAACAGACUCAGGCGCCUACGCCUGGGCCUGGGCCAAAGGCGGAGCCUCCAGCGUCAAAGACUACGACAAAGACAAAGACACAUGGGGCGAACAAGACUGCCGCGGCGACUAAAUCUCCCAAUCCCCCCGUCUCUGGAUCGGACAAUGUAGCUCCCAUUAAAGCUGCUACUGCCGUCUUGGCUGCUGCAGCUGCAGCCGCCAUGGCCCUAUUGUAA